AGCCAAUGGGCGGCUCGCUGGCGCUGAGGCCGCUGCUGUGAGGCGCAGGCCGGUCAUGGUGUACGCGCUGCUGCUGGCCGCUCUGGCCGGCUGUGUGCUGACCGUGCUGCUGCAGCUGCUGCUCCUGUACCGCCGGCCGGCCGCUCCGCCGCCGCCCCCGCCUCCCCCCAGCCCCGGGCGCUCGGUGCAGGCGGACGCCUCGCUGCGGGACUACCUGCUGGGCUCGGCGGCGCCCGAGAGCUGCCACUUCCUGAACGCCAUCUUCCUGUUCCUGUUCCGGGAGCUGCGGGACACGGCCGUGCUGCGGCGCUGGCUGCUGCGGAAGAUCCGGGUGGAGCUGGAGGAGCUGCUGCUGUCGCGGACGGCCGGGCGGCUGCUGGAGGGGCUGAGCCUGCGGGAGCUGAGCCUCGGGGAGGCCGUGCCGGUGCUGCGGGGCAUCCGCCUGGUGCCGCCCGCCGAGGCCGGGGACGAGGAGCUGAGCUUCGAGCUGGAGGCGGAGUACGGGGGCGGCCUGCGCCUGGCCGUGGACGUGGAGCUGCUCUUCGGGAAGUCGGCGUCGCUGUCGGUGCGGCUGGGCCGGGUGCAGGGCCGCCUCCGCCUGAUGUUCCGCCGCCUGCCCUUCACCCACUGGGCCUUCUGCUUCCUGGACGAGCCGCUCAUCGACUUCCAGGUGCACAGCCAGUUCGAGGGCCGGCCCAUGCCGCAGCUGACCUCCAUCAUCGUCACCCAGCUGAAGAGGGUGAUCCGGAGGAAGCACACGCUGCCCAACUACAAGAUCAGAUACAAGCCAUUUUUUCCGAUGCAAGUGGCACCGGCCGCCGAGGAGGUGGAGGACCGGACACUGACGCUGCACGACCUGGGCCUGACCGAAGGUCGUCUGAAGGUGUCUGUAAUGGAGUGCGGCAGGCUCCUGAUCUUCGGCUCUUAUGACCAGGAGACAUUUGUUCACUGCACCCUGGAGAUCAGCGGCGCCCCCUGGAAGGAGAAGACCAGGACCUCCAUCAAGACGGUGGAGCUAAUUAAAGGGACGUCCCAGAACAUCGGCCUGGUGAUGGUGCAGGCCAGAGAUGGAGACACCGGACACGUCUGCGUGGAGACCGUGACGCCCAAUUCUCCCGCCGCCGGAGCAGAUCUGAAGAAAGGCGACCGCUUAAUAGCCAUCGGAGGUAUCAAGGUGACGUCGUCGGUUCAGGCCUCAAAGCUCAUCAAGCAGUCUGGAGACAGAGUGCUGCUGUUCUACGAGAGGCCGGCGGGACAGAGUCAGAGUGCUGCGGGGCCCCAAGAGAGUGCGGCCACGCUGGACGACUCUGCUUUCCCGCAGACAUUUGACGAGGAUGCAGCAAGUCUGAUAGUGGAUGUGGAGAACAGGGAGCUGGAUUCUGAGUUUGAGGACUUGGCGUGUGAAGUGAGGCCGGCCGAGAGCAAAGACGACAACUUCCUUCCCGUAAAUCAGAGCCCUAAACGUGUGGUGGGAAAUGUGUCCACCAAAUCCCUGGGAUCCAUUUCUCCCAUCCUAAGUCGGAAACCAAAUCCAGCCGCUUCUCAAAUAACAUCAAAGGUUCAGACCAAAGCUGGGAAACCAAAUGUCCUGGAGAACCAGGAGCCGCCUCAGCUGAGCAGAACAUCAUCUGGAUCCAAGCCCCCGGUGCCCCCAAGACCUCAAGUGAAACUUACCUUAACCACCUGUGAAACUCCAACUACUGUAGAUCUAGGUGAAAGCGCUGUAGAAAAGCCGGAGAAGCCUACUCCACCCUCAACGAAUGGUGAGAAGGUACCUGAGAAGCCUCCAAAAACUACAGAUCUGGUGGAAGAACUAACAGCUCAGAAACCCAACUCUGUGAAGCCAGACCCUGCAAAAGACAAGAUCUCUGAAGGUUCCACGAGCACGAAGGAUGGCUCCGAGGACCAGCAGGUGUGGGAGUCUCCAGACACGCUCUACAGGGGACGGCAGGGUCGCUGGACAAGGGCUUCUUGUGUAUUUGAUGUUGAGAGCCACCACAGAUACUUGAAUGUAGCCCUUUGGUGCAGGGACUCUCUAAAGACUGGUAGUCUAUGCUGCGUUGGACAUGUCAGUAUCAAACUAGAAGAUAUUUCCUUAGAAUGCCUUUCCAUGUCCUCACUGGAGUAUCUCAGCAGCUACAAACUGAAUCCUCCUGAACCUAAAGCUUCUGUCAGUAGAACGGCACUGAGGAGCUUGAGUACACACAAGGGCUUCAAUGAGAAGUUCUGCUAUGGAGACAUCACCCUAACCUUCAAGUAUCUGAUGGAAGGAGAGUCUGAGAGUUCGAGCAUGCUACAAGAGAAGGAUGGAAGCUUCACUGAGGACCUGGCCGUUCUUCAGAAAGAGGAUGCUCCUGUGCCCCAGGUCACUUUCUGUGAAUCAAAGCAUAACUUUCAGGACACUCAGUUCCAGAAUUCCACCUUGUGUGACCACUGUAAGAGAAAGGUGUGGACCAAGGCUGCAUCUCAGUGCAUGAUCUGCGGUUACGUCUGCCAUAAAAAAUGUCAAGAGAAAUGUCUAGCCGAGAACCCAUACUGUGUGUCCCUGGAGAAGAGGGUCGACCUGGAGUCCAAGUCUCUUGGGAACAGAACUACAGGCAUCACACGCCACAUCAUCAACACCAGUUCCCGUCUACUGAACUUGCGUCCAGCUCCAAAAAUGCGGCAGCCCGAACAAGGAGGCUGUGAUCUGGUGGAGCCCUCACCAAAGCAAACGCCAAACACGUCGGACAAUGAGAGCAGCGACACAGAGAUGGGUGGGACCGGCAGCCCUUCUAAGCGUCCCGGAGGUGGCUCUGCUAAACUGGUCCGCAAGGAGGGAGGCUUGGACGACAGCGUAUUUAUUGCCGUCAAAGAAAUUGGACGUGAUCUGUACCGAGGUCUACCAACUGAUGAGCGGAUCCAGAAGCUGGAGUUCAUGCUGGAUAAGCUCCAGAAUGAGAUUGAUCAGGAGCUGGAGCACAAUAACUCCCUGGUGAAAGAAGAACGAGAGACCACCGACAGCAGGAGGAAAGUCCUGAUCGCGGCGGCGCUGGCCAAGUCCGGAGAGAGACUGCAGGCGCUGACGCUGCUCAUGAUCCACUACCGCGCGGGAAUCGAGGACAUCGAGUCGCUGGAGAACUCCUCUCUGGCCCAUCCUAGAAAGACUGCGAGAUAUGAGGAAGAGGCCGUGGCCGAAGCUGCCGAUAACGAGGAGGACGAUGCUUUGGAUGAAAAGGAGGUGUUGAGCGAGCCCUCCGAGGAGAACCUGCUCGACUCUCCAGAAAUGGAGUGAGGGCUCGGCGGUUCUCACAUGACUGUUGAUUUGCACUUACCAUGUGUCUCAUGCAUUGGGCGGAGCACUCUGCAUUGAAGUCGUACAGUGGCGGCCUUCCUCGUGGGGCUCUUGGUGUCGGGGAGGGGACAGUCUUCUCCAUAGUCAGUGGAUGCGCCUCAGGCCAAAUGUACGGUAUCCCCAGGUUCUAGCAGACAUUUUGUUUUAAUGAAUGUUUAAUGUGAUUUUCUUUGGGAAUUUUAUUUUUCCCCUUGGCAGGGGGGUGGGAGGGAGUUAAACACUUUGUACAUUGACCCUUUGCUGGCAGAGGAGAAUAUAAUAUGAAGGCGAUGAUGAUAACAUGUAGGUCCUAGGAAUACGCUGUAGAAUGUGCUUCCUGUAUGUGACUCAUCGAGACCAAAGACGGGACACCGAGCAGCUCCUGAUUUUUGUUUUCUGUUGUGGGUUGGACCGGCUGUGCCCCCCGGAACAUAACCAAGAGUGACUGGACUUUCCCCACGGCUUCCCCCAUAUGCCUCCCCGCGCCUCAUACCCAAUCUCCGUAGUGGGGUCUGUGUGCCUCAUACACAACAAGCUAUGUAGUGGGGGGGGGGGGGGGGGCAGUAGUGGGGUCUGUGCGCCUCAUACACAAGCUCCAUAGUGGGAGGGCUGUAGUGAGGUCUGUGCGCCUCAUACACAAGCUCUGUAGUGGGGGGGCAGUAAUAGGGUCUGUGCGCCUCAUACACAAGCUUCGUAGUGGGAGGGCAGUAGUGUGGUUUGCGCCUCAUACACAAGCUCCAUAGUGAGGAAGGGGGGCAGUAGUGGGGUCUGUGCGCCUCAUACACAAGCUCCGUAGUAGUGGGGGGGGGCAGUAGUGGGGUCUGCACCUCAUACACAAGCUCCAUAGUGGGGGAGGGGGGCAGUAGUGGGGUCUGUGCGCCUCAUACACAAGCUCCGUAGUGGGGGGGGGGGCAGUAGUGGGGUCUGCACCUCAUACACAAGCUCCAUAGUGGGGGAGGGGGGCAGUAGUGGGGUCUGUGCAGUCGUUCCUCUCACUCCUGUAUCUCUGCAUGGUGUUCAGGAGCUGCCACCGUGAGAACCAGACACGUAGAAUGGUUUUCUGUGUGCUCAGAGGCUGGCAGGUACGUCGUCCUGCGACCAGGGCAGUGUGCCUUGGCGCCAGUUACUCUGCCCUAGUGGCGGGCUGUGUGACCUGCACCCGGAUGUCUGGUGUGCGGUCUCCUGGGUUUGCUCCUUGUGUGUCAGAGGGACCCGAGGUGAACAGGCCGGGCCGUCUGUACGUGUUCUCUUCGGCUUCGGCUUACUGUAGGUGGUGACCCAUAACAUAAUCGGUCACAUUCCCUCCGCCCGUGCUGCUUUCCAAACCUCUGAGCGCCAUUGUUUCCUGAAACAAUUAGAUUCCCCGGACAAGUGACUGUCUCUUCAAGGUCUUGUUUCUCUACACUCCCCUAAACCAUUAUGUUAAAGUAACUUAUGAGGAGAAGGCCUUGUCUGGGGGCCGGGCCCUCAUCUCUGUGUAUUGUCUGCACCAGGGGCGUAGCUAUGGGGAAGCGGCUGCUUUGGGGACCACCCAGGAAGGGGACUAAAUGAUUUUAUCAUUCGGGCCCCCAACAAUAUUAUAACAGACUCUGUAGGAAAUGGACAGAGUGGCUGCCGCGCCUUAGAGCGCUAUCUUGACUAGCUGCAGGAGUGGUGGUUCCACGGGAGGAGGGGGUUACGUAUAGAAGCAUCUGCUGUAGGGCUGGUUGUCGGACGACUACUUGUAUCUGCCUCUGUGUGACCCUUGGACCUGAGCUUUUUAGUUAGUGGCCGGAGCUCUACACCCCUACAUCAGGUGCUCCCCGAUGUGACGGCCACACCGAGGCUGUGGGUUCAGGUUAGUGGUCGCAGCGAGGCGCCCGGGGACACAAUUCUCCAGCAUUUAGGUCUGUGGGGAGCGCCCAUUCUAAACCAAGGUACUUGUCCUCUGACUCCAGCGAGUAAGCCGGCCAUACACCAUAAGGUUAGGGUCGGGCUGAUGAUUAGUGCGUUGGAUCGUUCACCAUCAGCACGCCACACUAAAAUGGCAGAUGAAGUACAUGCGCUUGUACAAAGUGGCGAAUAAUCAGCUGUAAAGGACCAUACAGCCAGAAAACUGUCAACACGAAUUGCGUUUUCAGCAGAUGUCAGCCGGCUUUCCUCCUAUGGGUAUGAUCCAGCCUACCUUCAAGGGUUAAUCCGGAGGCUGCAGUUGCGCACAAUCCGCUGCGCUUUCUACUAAAAACUAUCGUCUAUGCACAAUAAAUAGGAUGUGUCACUUUAAGGAGAGCGGCCCUGGGGUUCUCCAGCAGGGGGUCAGGAUGAUUGGGGUGAGUUCUGCUGGGGUUUGAGACGUUUCUUUCUGAUGAUCUGCACCAGUUUAUUGAUUUCUGGAGCGGAGCCUGUUGUGUGGUCACAUUCACGGGCAAGACCCUGAAGGCCGGGGGGAGGAGUCAGGUCUAAGAACAUAAGGGUCUUCUCCUUUCACUGAUCUCGUAACUUUGUGUGAUCAUUCCUGUUCUAACCUGGCGCCAUUACACGGACUGAGUGGAGAGGAGAGUGGCCACUAAGUGCUUGUACCCUUCCUAUUGCACCAUGCAGCGCUUCUGCUGGACGGUAAACCUGCAACACCACAUCCACCACUCGCCUACUCCUCGGCUGUGCCACUGCUGCGUUACGUCAACCCCCACCACGUAUCUGGUUCUCAGCUGUGCAGCUGCUGAGUCAAGUCCACUCCCACCAAGUAUCUGGUUCUCGGCUGUGCCACUGCUGCUUCACGUCCACUCCCACCACUUUAUCUGGUCAUCAGCUGGGCCAAUGCUGCGCCACGUCCACCUCCACCAUAUGCUACUCCACAGCUCCAUUAUGUACACUGCAUCUGACCCUUUGUGUGCGCCGUGUCCGCCCCUCGGCCCCUCUGUGUGCGCCGUGUCCACCCCUCUGUGUGCGCCAUGUCCGCUCCUUGGCCCUUCUGUGUGCACCAUAUUCAUUGCUAUUGCACCAGCUUUUCUUCUCAACCCCUUUUCCACCACUACGUCCUGGACAGGUCCAGAUUGAAGUCAGCCCCCAUGUCUACUCCUCGGCCCCUCUGUGUGCGCCAUGUCCACCCCUCUGUGUGGCCCAUGUCCGCUCCUCGGCCCCUCUGUGGGCACCAUAUUCAUUGCUAUUGCACCAGCUUUUCUUCUCAACCCCUUUUCCACCAUUACGUCCUGGACAUGUCCAGGUUGAAGUCAGCCCCCGUGUCGGCCCCUCUGUGCGGCCCGUGUGCGCCCCUCGGCCCCUCUGUGCGGCCCGUGUGUGCCCCUCGGCCCCUCUGUGCGGCCCGUGUGCGCCCCGCGGCCCGUGUGCGCCCCUCGGCCCCUCUUCGCUCCUCGGCCCCUCUGUGCGCCCCGUGUCCGCUCCUCGGCCCCUCUGUGGGCACCAUAUUCAUUGCUAUUGCACCAGCUUUUCUUCUCAACCCUUUUUCCACCACUACGUCCUGGACAGGUCCAGGUUCAAGUCAGCCCCCAUGUCUACUCCUCAGCCCCUCUGUGUGCCCAGUGUCCGCUCCUCGGCUCUUUUGUGCGGCCCAUGUCCCGUGUGCGGCCCGUGUGCGCCCCUCGGCCCCUCUGUGCGGCCCGUGUCCGCCCCUCUUCGCUCCUCGGCCCCUCUGUGCGGCCCGUGUCCGCCCCUCGGCCCCUCUUCGCUCCUCGGCCCCUCUGUGCGGCCCGUGUCCACCCCUCGGCCCCUCUUCGCUCCUCGGCCCCUCUGUGCGCCCCGUGUCCGCUCCUCGGCCCCUCUGUGGGCACCAUAUUCAUUGCUAUUGCACCAGCUUUUCUUCUCAACCCUUUUUCCACCACUACGUCCUGGACAGGUCCAGGUUCAAGUCAGCCCCCAUGUCUACUCCUCAGCCCCUCUGUGUGCCCAGUGUCCGCUCCUCGGCUCUUUUGUGCGGCCCAUGUCCGCUCCUCGGCCCCUCUGUGGGCCCCAUAUUCAUUGCUAUUGCACCAGCUUUUCUUCUCAACCCCUUUUCCACCACUACGUCCUGGACAGGUCCAGGUUGAAGUCUUGCUCAGGCCUGGCAGAGUUGUCAUAGUGUGAUGAUGCAGUCCUAUCCUAAACACAAGACCCUUUGUUGGACUGUGGUUAACCCCUUCAGCUUCCUCCAGCUUAGUCCGUGGCGAUGUAUGCUUUUCUAUACACUGGAUAUGGGUUGUUUUUCAGGUAAUUGGGGAAGUUCUCACCACUCCGUAUGUAGACCUCGUUCAGACAGCUGUAAUGUGCGUGCAUUUUAACGACUGUAUUAUAACGACUGUGCUUCUAAUGAGCUGAACUUACAGCAUGAUGAAUGUUGUCGUUUGGGUCAUUACGGGUGGGGCUUUAUGGCUGUAUUAUAGACACUAAGAUGCACCCACGUUACAUGUAAAUGAGGUCUGAAUGCAGUGAGCUGCCAUGGCGGAGGGCUGGUGGAGUCCAGUACUUCAUGGUGUCUCAUGUGCACCAUGUCUACAGGCAGAUUGGGACCUUGGGUACCUGUGUCUUCCAGACCGUCCUGACCAUUGCCGUGUAGUUGCGACAUUCCACUAUCCUGUGUUGUGAGGAGCAGCGGACAGGGACCUGCAGUCGACUGAUGCUGCUAUUCCAUUUCUCUUUUGUAAAGUGCAGAGUAUCUGUAGUGCAAUAUUUUUCUAUACUUGGAGGGAAGAUGAUUGGAGGAGUAAGGGAAGGUUCAUAGAUGUGAGGGGUUCCUGGGGGUGAACUGGACGAGUCUGUAUAAUGUAAACCUUGCAACUAUGCUGUAAUGUACAUACUGUAGCUUCCAUAAUAAAAGCCUCGCAGGACCUGC